CGUAAGAAUUUUUAUUUGUUAGAAGGUUAUUAUGGUAGUAUCUAUAUACACAGAAAACACAGGUUGACAAGCUUCAACCAUUUAUCAAGUUUUUCAGGGUAUAUUCUCAUUCAAAUUUACUAUAGUUGCAUCAAAACGAGAAUAAACCUGAAAAGUGGAAUAGGCCGAUGGCCGGACCACUAUAUAAUGAUUGAUUAUUGUUCACAAGGUUGCCCUCCAAACCUUGUUUGAGCUCUAAGAAAUGGGUGGCGGUGGUGGUGGCGGUGCUCCGAGUAGGGAGUUAGAUCAAACUCCGACAUGGGCCGUUGCCGCUGUUUGUGCAGUCAUCAUUCUUAUUUCCAUCAUAUUGGAAAAGGUUCUUCACAUGGUUGGAGAGAUAUUUCAGAAAAGGAAAAAGAAAGCCUUGUAUGAAGCCCUUGAGAAAGUUAAAGGAGAGCUUAUGGUUUUAGGAUUCAUUUCUUUGCUCUUAACAUUUGGGCAAAAUUAUAUUGCUAAAGUUUGCAUACCCUCAAAGUAUGAAAAUACUAUGUUGCCUUGCCCUUAUAGAGGGAGUACUACUGCACCUAAAAGCUCCCAUGGUGGUGAGCCCGAAGAUCAUGAUGAAGAGACUACAGAUCACCAUCGUAGGCUUCUUUGGUACGAGCAUCGACAUCUAGCUGGUGGUGGUCCUGUAGAAGGUUGCAAACCAGGGUAUACACAACUUAUAUCUCUAAAUGGUUUGCAUCAAAUACAUAUUUUCAUCUUCUUUCUAGCCGUUCUCCAUGUUGUAUUUAGCGCCAUAACGAUGACUCUCGGAAGAUUGAAAAUUCGUGGAUGGAAGGUAUGGGAAAGACAGACCGAACAAGAACAUGAUGCCAUGAACGAUCCUACAAGGUUUAGACUUACUCAUGAGACAUCCUUUGUAAGAGACCAUAGCAGUUUUUGGACUAAAACACCCCUCUCCUUUUACUUUGUAUCCUUCUGGAGGCAAUUCUUUAGGUCCGUUAGUAGGCCAGAUUACUUGUCCCUUAGACAUGGUUUUGUCACCGUUCAUUUAGCCCCUGGGAGUAAAUUUGACUUUCAGAAAUACAUCAAAAGGUCAUUAGAAGAUGACUUUAAGGUGGUCGUGGGAAUCACUCCUCUGCUAUGGGCAUCAAUGGUGCUUUUUCUGCUUCUCAAUGUUAGUGGGUGGCAAGUUAUGUUUUGGGUGUCCAUAUUUCCUCUAGUGGUGAUCUUAGCCGUUGGAACAAAGUUGCAGGGAAUUAUAACGCAAAUGGCUCUUGAAAUCAAAGAAAGACAUGCAGUGGUUCAAGGGAUUCCCCUUGUUCAAGUCUCUGAUAGACACUUUUGGUUUAGUUGGCCCGUUUUGGUUCUUUAUCUCAUCCACUAUGUCCUUUUCCAGAAUGCAUUUGAGAUUACAUAUUUCUUUUGGAUAUGGUAUGAAUUUGGGUUGAGAUCGUGCUUUCAUGACAACUUUGAUCUUAUUAUCGUGAGAGUUGCCCUAGGGGUUGGAGUCCAGAUUUUGUGCAGUUACAUUACACUCCCAUUAUAUGCUCUUGUAACUCAGAUGGGAUCAACAAUGAAGAAAUCCAUAUUUGAUGAACAAACUUCGAAAGCAUUGAAGCAAUGGCAUAGAAGUGCUUUGAAGAAAAAGAACGAAGGAGGAAAGCCUGAAUCAACGCCGAUGCGAACUUUAGGCGGUGUCGGAGGAAGCCCCCCCGAGUCACCGAUACAACCUUCGCAUGAUCAGUUCCAACAUCAAUCGGUCAAUCAAUUAUCAUCACCAACCGACGUCGAAGCCUCCGCCCAGCUUCCUUCAGCCGACGUAAUGGCUACCGUUGAUCUCCACCACCACCAACAAAACUAUGCUAAUCGUGACUUGUUGAGUUGAGAUGAUGAAAACAAAAAAAAAAAAAAAAUGUUCAUUUUGUUGUGAAAAAUCUAUGAGCCAAGAAAUUUGCUAGAGGGUUUUGGUUUGUAAAUUAUACACAAAUCCAAAGGAGAAAUUGCAUACAUCUUACACCUUUGAAAAUAUUUGGCUUUUGUAAUGCUCUUUUGUAAAUCAUUUUGAGCUUAAGUGGCUGAUCGACAUGGCUCUCCCGAUUUUUUGUAUUCUUUGUUAUGUCAUUUGUUCAUAAUAUCUCAACAAUGAACCCUUUCUUUAAA